AGUCUAAUCUUGUAUAUAUCUAUAAAGGAAAAUCAUUCAUGUUAAGUCAGUUACAUUUGUUUACGAAUAAACUAGAUUCUCUAUCUCUUGUUUCCUUUGUAAUCGGACCUGAUACCAAGACGUGACAUUUUCCGAUUACGCCAUUCUAUACUUAUCAGAUUCAAUAUGGAGAAAUUUCCUUUGAGAUACAGUCGUAUGUUUUGGUGAUUCGAAUUCUAACAAUGGUAAUGUUUAUAAUCUGGCAGGUUUUAGAUGGCCACGUGUUCCACCUUACUAUCAAGGUCGAUUUACUAAUGGAUCAGUUUGGGUAGAAAAAUUAGGUAUAUCUACGUAAUUUGAUUAAUUAUGCAUAAGGUAGUGCUACUAGUGAUAAUGAUUUAGUAGCAGGUUUUACAGCAUUUCAAACUAGUGUAUCAAGUGUUCGUCAACAAAUAGUUAUGUAUAAAAAAGUUAGUAAUUUAAAUAAGAUUAAUUUUGCUCGUACAUUGUAUGUCAUUUGGGCUGAUAUCAAUGACUAUUGUUUUAAUACAACUUUGCUUCCAACUAUGGUUGUUAAACGUUUAGUGAAUGGAAUUAAUAAUUUAAUUAGUAUAGGUGGCAAACAGUUUCUUAUUCUUAACGAACUACGUCUUCCAUCAUAUCCGAGUGAUUUUGCUAUAGAUAUAAAUGAUUAUUCCAAAUCACUUAUACAUAUGCAUAACAGUAAUCUAUCCAAGUCAAUUCAAUCACUUCGAUCUAAUUUUUCAUAUGUUUCAUUGAAAUUAUUUGAUAUUGAUUCAUUUAUUACAAAUAUUCUUAUGAACACUUCAGCAUAUGGAAUUAAUAGUACCAAAAUUUAUUGA